AUUCCCUUCUUUGGGCUCGGGGGCUGCCAGGAGCCGCCGGGGCGCUCGGGCGCGGGAAAGGAAGCCGGGAAGGGAAGGUCGGCCGCUCGGCAGACGUGCGCUCCCUCCUGGGCCGUGUCCCCUGCGCUGCGGGCGGGACUGGACAUGGGGCUGCUCCCGGUGCUCGCCUUCAGCUGCUGGGCCUUGUGCGGAGCCAGAGUGCGCGCCCAGGAACCCGACUUCAGCUACGGCUGUGCGGAAGGCAGCUGCUACCCUGCCACGGGCGACCUUCUCAUUGGCCGAGCCCAGAAGCUCUCCGUGACCUCGACGUGCGGACUGCACAAGCCCGAGCCCUACUGUAUCGUCAGCCACCUGCAGGAGGACAAGAAGUGCUUCAUUUGCAACUCCCAAGAUCCUUAUCAUGAGACCCUCAAUCCUGACAGCCAUCUCAUUGAAAAUGUGGUCACUACAUUUGCUCCAAACCGCUUAAAGAUUUGGUGGCAAUCUGAAAAUGGUGUGGAAAAUGUAACUAUCCAACUGGAUUUGGAAGCAGAAUUCCAUUUCACUCAUCUCAUAAUGACUUUCAAGACAUUCCGUCCAGCUGCUAUGCUGAUAGAGCGGUCAUCUGACUUUGGGAAGACCUGGGGUGUAUACAGAUACUUCGCCUAUGAUUGUGAGAGCUCCUUCCCAGGCAUUUCCACUGGCCCCAUGAAGAAAGUGGAUGACAUAAUCUGUGACUCCCGAUACUCUGACAUAGAACCCUCAACAGAAGGAGAGGUGAUAUUUCGUGCUUUAGAUCCAGCUUUCAAAAUAGAAGAUCCUUAUAGCCCAAGGAUACAGAAUCUACUAAAAAUCACCAACUUGAGGAUCAAGUUUGUGAAGCUGCAUACUUUGGGAGAUAACCUUUUGGAUUCCAGAAUGGAAAUCAGAGAGAAGUACUAUUAUGCGGUGUAUGACAUGGUGGUUCGAGGAAACUGCUUCUGCUACGGCCAUGCCAGUGAAUGUGCCCCUGUGCACGGAUUCGAUGAAGAAGUGGAAGGAAUGGUACACGGACACUGCAUGUGCAGGCAUAACACUAAGGGUUUGAACUGUGAACAGUGCAUGGAUUUCUACCACGAUUUACCUUGGAGACCUGCUGAAGGCCGAAACAGCAAUGCCUGUAAAAAGUGCAACUGCAAUGAACAUUCCAGCUCAUGCCACUUUGACAUGGCGGUUUUCCUGGCCACUGGGAAUGUCAGUGGAGGCGUGUGUGAUGACUGUCAGCAUAACACCAUGGGGCGCAACUGCGAGCAGUGCAAGCCGUUCUACUACCAGCACCCGGAGAGGGACAUCCGAGACCCCAAUCUCUGUGAACGAUGUUCAUGUGACCCGGCUGGCUCUCAGAACGGGGGCAUCUGUGACGGUUACACCGACUUUUCGGCUGGGCUCAUUGCCGGCCAGUGUCGGUGUAAGUUGUAUGUGGAAGGAGAACACUGUGAUGUGUGCAAAGAAGGCUUCUAUGACUUAAGUGCCGAAGAUCCAUUCGGGUGUAAAUCUUGUGCUUGCAACCCCCUGGGAACAAUUCCUGGUGGGAAUCCUUGUGACUCCGAGACUGGCUACUGCUACUGCAAGCGUCUGGUGACGGGACAGCGCUGUGACCAGUGUCUGCCACAGCACUGGGGCCUGAGUAACGAUUUGGACGGGUGUCGGCCUUGUGACUGUGACCUCGGGGGAGCCCUCAACAAUAGCUGCUCCCCGGAGUCAGGCCAGUGUUCCUGUCGGCCUCACAUGAUCGGACGGCAGUGCAAUGAGGUGGAGUCUGGCUAUUAUUUUACCACCUUGGACCACUACAUCUAUGAAGCCGAGGAAGGCCACCUGGGGCCGGGGGUCACUGUGGUACAGCGGCAAUACAUCCAGGAUCGGAUUCCCUCCUGGACGGGAGCCGGCUUUGUCCGAGUGCCCGAGGGGGCGUAUUUGGAGUUUUUUAUUGACAACAUACCAUAUUCCAUGGAGUAUGACAUCCUAAUUCGCUAUGAGCCACAGCUUCCUGACCACUGGGAAAAAGCUGUCAUCACUGUACAGCGGCCUGGGAAGAUCCCAACCAGCAGCCGGUGUGGUAACACUGUUCCGGAUGAUGACAACCAGGUGGUAUCCUUAUCACCAGGCUCCAGAUAUGUGGUCCUUCCUCGCCCAGUGUGCUUCGAGAAGGGAAUGAACUACACAGUGAGGUUGGAGCUGCCCCAGUACACUUCUUACGACAGCGAUGUGGAGAGCCCCUACACGCUCAUUGACUCACUCGUUCUCAUGCCGUACUGCAAAUCCCUGGACAUCUUCACCAUAGGCGGUUCCGGAGAUGGGGAGGUCACUAACAGUGCCUGGGAGACCUUUCAGAGAUACCGGUGUCUGGAGAACAGCCGAAGCGUCGUGAAGACACCCAUGACUGAUGUUUGCAGAAAUAUCAUCUUCAGCAUCUCCGCCCUGCUACACCAGAUGGGUCUGGCUUGUGAAUGUGACCCUCAGGGUUCUUUGAGUUCUGUGUGCGACCCCAGCGGAGGCCAGUGCCAGUGCCGGCCAAAUGUAGUUGGAAGGACCUGCGACAGGUGUGCACCAGGAACCUUUGGCUUUGGUCCCAGUGGAUGCAGAGCUUGUGACUGUGAUCUGCAAGGAUCUGUCAAUGCCUUCUGUGAUGCUGUCACUGGCCAGUGCCAGUGCUUCCACGGGGUGUACGGGCGCCAGUGUGACCGAUGCUUACCCGGGUACUGGGGCUUUCCCAGCUGCCAGCCCUGCCAGUGUAAUGGCCAUGCCGAUGACUGUGACUUAGUGACAGGCGAGUGUGUCAACUGCCAGGACUACACCAUGGGCCAUAACUGUGAAAGGUGCUUGGCUGGUUACUAUGGCAACCCCAUCAUUGGGUCAGGAGAUCACUGCCGACCUUGCCCUUGUCCAGAUGGUCCUGAAAGCGGACGCCAGUUUGCCAACAGCUGUUAUCAAGAUCCUGUUACUCUGCAGCUUGCAUGUGUUUGUGAGCCUGGGUACAUUGGCUCCAGAUGUGAGGACUGCGCUUCAGGAUUCUUUGGCAAUCCCUCAGACAUUGGAGGGUCCUGUCAGCCUUGUCAGUGUCACCACAACAUUGACACCACUGACCCGGAAGCUUGUGACAAGGAGACUGGAAGGUGCCUCAAGUGCCUGUACCACACAGAAGGGGACCACUGCCAGCUCUGCCAACAUGGCUACUAUGGCGAUGCCCUCCGGCAGGACUGCAGAAAGUGUGUCUGCAAUGACCUGGGCACUGUGCAGCAGCACUGUAAUGGUUCUGACUGCCAGUGUGACAAAGCUACUGGCCAGUGCUUGUGUCUUCCUAAUGUGAUCGGGCAGAACUGUGACCGCUGUGCGCCCAACACCUGGCAGCUGGCCAGCGGGAAGGGCUGUGAGCCGUGUGACUGCAGUGCUGCCCAUUCCUUCGGGCCUUCUUGUAAUGAGUUCUCAGGGCAGUGCCAGUGCAUGCCAGGCUUUGGUGGCCGCACCUGCAGCGAGUGCCAGGAGCUCUUCUGGGGAGACCCCGAUGUGGAGUGCCGAGCCUGUGACUGUGACCCCCGGGGCAUCGAGACACCGCAGUGUGACCAGACCACGGGCCAGUGUGUCUGUGUGGAGGGUGUUGAGGGCCCACGCUGUGACAAGUGCACUCGGGGCUACUCAGGGGUCUUCCCUGACUGCGCACCCUGCCACCAGUGCUUUGCUCUCUGGGACGUGAUUAUCACUGAGCUGGCCAACAGGACCCACAGGUUCCUAGAGAAGGCCAAGGCCUUGAAGAUCAGUGGCGUGAUCGGGCCUUACCGGGAGAUUGUGGACUCAGUGGAGAAGAAGGUUAAAGAGAUAGAAGACAUCCUGGCCCAGAACCCAGCAGCAGAGCCACUGAAAAAUAUCGGACAUCUCUUUGAGGAAGCCGAGAAACUAACCAAAGACAUUACAGAAAAGAUGUCUCAAGUAGAAGUAAAAUUAGCUGACACAGCUUCACAAAACAAUAGCACAGCUGGGGAACUGGACCUCCUUCAGGCAGAAGCAAAAAGCCUGGACAAGACUGUCAAUGAACUUUCUGAACAACUAGAAUUUAUCAAAAACUCAGAUAUUCGAGGUGCUUUGGACAGUAUUACCAAGUACUUCCAGAUGUCUCUUGAGGCUGAAGAAAGGGUGAAUGCCACCACCACGGAUCCCAACAACACUGUGGACCAGUCGGCUUCCAUGCGAGAAAGAGUGGAAGAUUUGCUGAUGGAGCAAGAGUCCCAGUUCAAGGAAAAGCAAGAAGAACAGGCCAGCCUUCUUGACGAACUGGCAGGCAAAUUGCAAAGUCUAGAUCUUUCAGCUGCUGCUGAAAUGACCUGUGGAACGCCUCCAGGGGAAGACUGUUCCCAGACUGAGUGUGGAGGCCCAAACUGCAGAACAGAUGAAGGACAGAAGAAAUGUGGGGGCCCUGGCUGUGGUGGUCUAGUGACUGUGGCCCACAAUGCCUGGCAGAAAGCCAUGGACUUUGACCGAGAUGUCCUGAGCGCACUGGCUGAAGUGGAACAGCUUUCCAAGAUGGUCUCUGAAGCGAAGCUGAGGGCAGAUGAAGCAAAACAGAAUGCUCAGGAUGUUCUGUUAAAAACAAACACCACCAAAGAAAAAGUAGACAAGAGCAACAAGGACCUGAGAAAUCUGAUCAAGCAAAUCAGAGACUUUCUGACCGAGGAUGGUGCUGAUUUGGACAGCAUUGAAGCAGUUGCUAAUGAAGUACUGAAAAUGGAAAUGCCUAGCACCCCAGAGCAGUUACAAAGCUUGACGGAAGACAUCCGUGGACGAGUGGAAAGCCUUUCUCAAGUAGAAGUUAUUCUACAGCAGAGUGCUGCUGACAUUGCCAGAGCUGAGACAUUGUUGGAAGAAGCUAAAAGAGCCAGCAAAAGUGCAACAGAUGUUAAAGUUACUGCAGACAUGGUAAAGGAAGCUCUGGAAGAAGCAGAGAAGGCCCAGGUGGCAGCAGAGAAGGCAAUCAAACAAGCCGACGAGGAUAUCCAAGGAACCCAGACCCUGCUGACCUCGAUUGAAUCUGAAACAGUAGCUUCUGAAGAAACUUUGUUCAACGCCUCCCAGCGCAUCAGUGAGCUAGAGAGGAAUGUAGAGGAACUUAAGCGGAAGGCUACUCAGAACUCUGGGGAGGCCGAAUAUAUUGAAAAAGUAGUAUACACUGUGAAACAAAACGCAGACGAUGUUAAGAAGACUCUGGAUGGUGAACUUGAUGAAAAGUAUAAAAAAGUAGAAAGUUUAAUUGCCAAAAAAACUGAAGAGUCAGCUGAUGCCAGAAGGAAAGCUGAAAUGCUACAAAACGAAGCAAAAACACUUUUGGCUCAAGCAAAUAGCAAACUGCAACUACUCAAAGAUUUAGAAAGAAAAUAUGAAGAUAAUCAAAAAUAUUUAGAAGAUAAAGCUCAAGAAUUAGUUAGGUUAGAAGGAGAAGUCCGUUCCCUCCUUCAAGAUAUAAGCGAGAAAGUUACUAUAUACAGCACCUGCUUGUAACAAAGAAGAAAGGGCUAGAAGAUGGCUCAGGUGACCAAAGUAAAAUGAUUACAUUUUUAAAAAACUGACUUAAUAAAUCUUCAAAGUAAAACUCAUUACCUAUUUAAUGUUUUUAACCAAUUUUGUAUGGAGUUAAAAAAUAAAAGUACAGUGUUUUUGUAUAA